AUGACACCGGCGCACGUCGAGACGGCGGCGCCUGAGGCCAGCAACUUCUUCUUUGGCACAGUGCUGGGUCAGGGAUCGUAUGCCAAGGUGUUCCAUGCACAGAUGAAGACGAGCCGAGCAGACUUUGCUGUAAAAGUGAUGGACCAAAGUUUCAUCCGCAAGGAGAACAAGACGUCGUUCGUACUGACGGAGCGCAAGGUCAUGUCGCGGCUCGCGCACCCGAACGUUGUCAAGUUUUACUGCAGUUUUCGUGAUCAUCACAGCUUGUACUUGGUCAUGGAGUUGUGUCGCGGCGGCGACUUUUUUGGCCUCAUCAUCAAUGAGUAUCAAAAGCAUCAGCAAGAAGGGACCACAGACGCUGCAUGCUCCUUGGAGUUGACGCAGUUUUAUACAGCUGAGCUGACCAACGCUCUUGAGUACAUCCACACGCAGCGCGUCAUCCAUCGCGACAUCAAACCUGACAACCUGCUCCUCAGUGCAGAAGGCCAUUUGAAAGUGACUGAUUUCGGCACUGCAAAGGACCAAAAUGGCGAGAGUAGCGAUGUGUGCCAAUUUUGUGGGACUGCUUCUUACGUAUCCCCGGAAGUUUUGCACGACGAGCCAGCUUCGAGGGCUGCUGACUUGUGGGCAAUGGGCUGCUUGAUCUUCCAGAUGUUUACUGGCCGAGCUCCAUUUGUGGCAGAAAAUGAUUACCUGACUUUCCAAGUGAUUAUAAAUCACUCGAGCGAUAGCUUCGAGUUCCCAAGCAGUGUUCCAGAAGUUGCCCAGGAUCUGAUCCGGAAGCUUCUUGUUCAGAAUCCAGACGAACGCAUCGGUGCCGCGCAGAACGAAGCGGGUUACGCUGCACUAAAGAACCAUGCAUUUUUUGAAGGCAUCGAGUGGGAUGCUAUUCGCGAUCAAACUCCACCGUUCAGCCCUCCCAAGCUGGAGUUGUCUGAGCCGACGUUGGAUGGCGCCUCGGACAACUGGACCGUUGCCGAAUAUUUUACAGGCGAUUUUUCCGAAAGCGCGUCUACUGAAUUCAGUUCCAAGCGUUCGCGAAGUAACAGCUCAGUUCAAAGAAACCGGCCACCUUGUAUCGGGUACAGUGAGCAGAUCCGUUUUGAAUCAACGGUGAAAAUUCGCUCCAAGAUGUUCAGUCGCACUCGAGAUCUUUAUCUCACAGAUGCCCCACGUCUGGUCGUGGCCAGCUCUUGGUCCGGACGCUGUAAGCGCGAGAUGUUCCUGACACCAGAAACAAGUGUGAAGGAGAUUGACCCUCACACGUUCGACGUCGAAUCGCGGUCCGAUACGAUCCGGAUCAGAGACUGCAGUCAUCUCGCUCAUCAGUGGGCGCGUGCUAUCUCAGAGGCUGUGUCUGAAUAG